AUGCGUUGCAUUUUCAGGCGGCUGACUGCAGCAGGAGCAUGCAGGAGAUGGACAGCCCCAGCUCUUCAGGACCCCUGCGUGUUUAUACCAUGUGUCUCAGGAGCGGCGGUACCCCGUCUCUACAGCACGGGGGCGUGGUAUCAGAUGGAUCUGCCAGGGCCCAGCCCCAGAGAGAGAGGCUCCCAGGAGAGGACGAGCAUCCUGAAGAGUCCAGGGGUCCCGGAGGUGGGGAGGCUGUCCCGAGAGGGGCUGACAGAGCUGCUGCAGAGGAGCCUGGUCUACAGAGCCGGUCCUCUUGUGGCUCUCAAUAAACCUCCUGGACUGCCCAUAACAGGUGACGAGCUGUCUUUGAGCACCGUGCUGCCCGACCUGCAGGGGGCACUGUCUCUCUCGGGGGAGCUGCACAUAGUGAAAACCGCGGCCCGAGACCAGUCAGGACUGGUCCUGCUGUCUACGUGCCAUCACACCACCAAUCACCUUGAAGAUAACUUUCGCAAAGCCAGGAGGCAGAAGACCCCUACCGCCACCUACUGGGCAGUGACGGUGGGGACUCCGGACCCCCCCGAGGGAGAGAUCGACGUGCCACUUAAGCUGCAGACCAUCGGGGCGCUCCAGCUGGUGGUUCCUGAGCUGAGUCCCUCCAGAGGCAGCGUGACUCGCAGGGAGGUGAAGAGGACUCGAACCCGAUACCGAGUGCUCGACUCGGGGGCCGGCUGCUCCCUGCUGCAGCUGCAGCCCCUCUCCACCUUCCAGAGCCAGCUGCAGGUGCACCUCAGUGUGAAGCUCAGCCCGGUGCUGGGGGACCAUGUCUACUCACCCAGGGUGGGCCGAGUCCUGGGGGUGCCCAUCUCGCUGCCUGUGGAGACCGCCCUGCCGCGCACACAGGUCCUGCAGGAGGCGCUCUUGCGCAGGAUGCGUCUCACACAGCAGCAGAUGCAUCGUAUGCCCCUGCACCUCCACCUGCUGCAGCUGCAUCUCCCUGCCCUGGGGAAGGGGCGAAAGGAGACUGCAGUCACAGCCCCGCCCCCGGAAUACUUUCUCAGAACUCUGUGCUUGCUGGGAUUAACACCUCCUGAGGGGAGGGGCUAACAGAGCCAGAGCCCCGCCUCCGGAACGCUUAAUCAGAACACUGGUCUUGAGAGACCCGUCCAGGGGAGGAGCUAACAGAGACUGGCGCCAGAGAUCCGCCCCCAGACUAUUUCAUGCAAAUAUGUAAAAGGUUAAAUGUUCAGAGAAUCAAUAAGUGAGAUUAAUCAGGGGACUGUACACAAUUAGGUGUAUAUGAAAAUCUCUUUCAAGUGUAUGGUAUACGGUAAUAUUUACAAUUGAAAUAUAUGCCAAGUAAAACACACACCAGAAAGUUAUAUAAUAUGACAAAAUGUUUAUUAGUGCAAAUUCAAAACACAAAUAUUUUCACCUUACCGCUGCGGUCAUCCAGUCAUUCAAUCCAGUCACAACGUCUGGGUUUGAGAACAAAUCACAAGUUAGUAUUAAACUCUGCAUGGUUUUCAAAAGUUUAAAAUCUAGUUCAAGCCACUGGAUCAUAUCUCCCUCACAAGGUGGCCCUUUUGUACUGUGCAAAAUAUCUUGAAAUAAAAACCUGACUUUAAAAUAAAACAUGACUA